GCCUUUUAAGAAGAAAGAAGAAAAAGAAGAGACUUUGACAGAGCUUGCUUGGCCCCUCUGCAACCUGCGCCUUUCACUUUCCGCAGAGCACGCAACACAAGAUAAAGAUCCUUUCUGUUUCGAAUCUAAUUUUCUUCUCUCCAUUUCCUAUCAAUUCCAUCGAUUCACAGAAAUCGAAUUCUACGUUAAUGCCAGUGUUGUUGGUUGGCUGGGACUGGUAAGGUUUGCGUACAAUGGAUACGGCGUCGUCUUCGACUCCAGCAGAUUUCGAUUACCUGUUCAAGUUGUUGCUGAUUGGGGAUUCUGGCGUUGGGAAGAGCACGUUCCUCUUGAGCUUCACUUCCAGUACCUUCGAGGAUCUCUCUCCGACAAUCGGUGUGGAUUUUAAGGUGAAAUAUAAUUCCAUUGGGGGAAAGAAGUUGAAGCUUGCAAUUUGGGACACAGCUGGACAAGAAAGAUUUAGAACUCUAACUAGCUCAUAUUACAGAGGAGCUCAAGGGAUAAUAAUUGUGUAUGAUGUAACAAGGCGUGAAACCUUUACAAAUUUAUCUGAUAUAUGGGCCAAGGAAAUUGACUUGUACUCAACAAAUCAAGAUUGCAUCAAGAUGCUUGUUGGCAACAAAGUUGAUAAGGAGGGUGAAAGGGUUGUAAGCAAAAAAGAGGGUAUUGACUUUGCAAGAGAAUACGGAUGCCUUUUCUUGGAAUGUAGUGCAAAAACUCGAGUCAAUGUGGAGCAAUGCUUCGAGGAGCUUGUAUUAAAGAUUUUGGAGACACCUAGUCUCUUGGCCGAGGGCUCAGCUGCGGUGAAAAAGAGCAACAUCUUCAAACAGAAACCUCCACAAUCUGAUGCUUCCACUAGUGGCUGCUGCUCUUGUUUAUUUUCUGGGGGCAUGAACACGGUAGUAGAGGAUUCUGCCACCACUACCACCACUGAUCCCGGCAACGUUACAAUUCCGACGGACCCGAAGACCGGCGAUUCCGACCCGCAUGCGAAAGAUGCCCCCCCGGGACCGCCAUCGCGGCCGCUAGCGCCGGCGAUCAUAAUAUCCUCCACAGAACCCGAUGCCAUUUUCAGCGGUGGCGGCAUCAGCUUUGUUACUGGAAGCCAAAAUGGAAGUUUCAACUAUGGGUAUUCCACUUUCAAGGGUAAAAGAGCUUCCAUGGAGGAUUUCUACGAGACUAGAAUUUCUGAAGUUGAUGGUCAGAUGGUCGCAUUUUUUGGUGUUUUCGAUGGCCAUGGGGGCUCGAGAACUGCUGAAUACCUAAAAACCAACCUUUUCAAGAAUUUAAGUAGCCACCCAGAUUUGAUCAAAGACACAAAGACAGCUAUUGUUGAAGUAUUUAGACAGACAGAUGCUGAUUACCUCAAUGAAGAAAAAGGCCAGCAAAAAGAUGCUGGUUCAACUGCAUCAACUGCUUUGCUGUUAGGUGACCGGCUGCUUGUUGCAAAUGUUGGUGAUUCCAGAGUAGUUGCCUCUAGAGCUGGUUCAGCUAUUGCUUUGUCUAUUGAUCACAAACCUGAAAGAUCUGAUGAGCGUGAACGGAUUGAACAGGCUGGGGGUUUCAUCAUUUGGGCUGGCACUUGGAGGGUUGGUGGUGUUCUUGCCAUUUCUCGUGCAUUUGGAGACAAACUACUAAAGCAAUAUGUUGUUGCUGAGCCAGAAAUCCAGGAAGAAGAAAUUGAUGGUGUAGAUUUUAUAAUUCUUGCUAGUGAUGGACUUUGGAAUGUCAUAUCGAAUAAGGAUGCUGUGGCUUUAGUACAGGAUAUAUCAAAUGCAGAGGAGGCAUCAAGAAGACUUGUUACAGAAGCUUAUGCCCGAGGAAGUUCUGAUAAUAUCACUUGUAUCGUUGUUCGGUUUGAUGUUUCAUGAGCAGACACAUUAAGCCUUUCAAGUAUAAGUUAAUGAUCUUGCCUAUCGUGAUUAUUCAAGACUUUUACAGUAAUCUUUCCUUAUUUUCAAAGUUUUGUAGGCUUUAGGAUCAUAAAAAAGUAUCCAUGCAGGUAACAAAAAAGUAGAUUGUUCCACUCUUUUUCCCCCCACUUCUCAAUGUAGAGUGUGAGCAGGCGAUGAUCUGAAUUUUGAAAAUGUUGGUCCUGAACAACACAUAAUCAGUUUGUGUUUAAUUGAUGGUUUAUGGCAUUGACGCAAAUCUA